AUGCAGCCUGGAUUGGAUGUUCUGAUAUGUGCGCUGGUAACUAUGUCGAUCAGUCCUGCCAUGGAUAACGCUAAUCGUGGCGUAGGCAACGUCGCAGCCGGUGUGAGCAUCCAUGACUGCGGCGACAACAUCUAUUGCUGCGGUGGGGACACCGAAAAGGCAUGCUGCACAGAUGAGCGCGCCUUCUACGUAGAUCCCGACAACGGCGGCGUCACGCAAACGACGGUGGCUGCGAAGACCAAGGCGCCGAGGUGGUUCACGGUGGAUUCGUCGUCUAUACUGGCAAGUGAAUCGGGAAGUUCAAUGGCAUCCUCGACAUCUGCGCCUGCGAAGACUCCAGCGUCCUCUUCGGCAACAGCAACAGCAAGUGCGACGUCCUCUGCCGCUCCUGAUCCCACAGAAUCUACCGAGUCUUCCUCUACAAUAUCAGCAGGCGCAGGCGCAGGCAUAGGCAUCGGCGCCGCAGCGGGCGUCGUGCUGGUCGGUGUGCUGGUAUGGUUUCUCCUACGGAGACGCAAGCAGGCUUCGCACGGUGCCGUGAGCGAAGUUCAUGGCGACGCGACCACUAUGGAAAAGUCUGGACAAGACUACUAUGCGCAUCACGGUGCGCCUCCCUCAGAGCUUGACAACGCGUAUCCUGCGUCGCAGGAGUUGCCGCCAAACACGGUGACGCACGAACUGGACGGAACUGUAGGCCCAGCGAAAAGGUUGUAA